AUGUGCAGAGCAUUCGAUCCCAAACCAAAUUCAUAUCUGCCAUAUAUUCCCAUUACACACGCCACACUAAAUCCCACCCCUUCUCCGGUAUCCGGCCCCGCCAGCCAGAGGGAGGAACCGCCUUCACGCAUCUUUCCCCCUCCCCCUUCGCCCCUUUUCACCAUGCUCACCAAGUCAAUGUGCAGAGCACUUGAUUCUGAAUCAAGAUCAUUUCUGCCUCUAGAUCAACUCAAAGUUCUCACUCCGCCCUUGGUGAAAGAAGAACUGAAGAGAGCUAUGCCCACACUCACCAAUGCCCUCCUCGACAACUAUACGACAGAGAUCGUCACUGAGCGUGUGACUGACCGGGAACGCCUUCAAUCGGCGCACACGAUGGCACCUCCUUCGCGGCAUUCCUAUCACAACACACGGCUUAUGAAGUCUUUCAUAAUCCUUAUCUUGCUUGACAGAGUUGAGAACUCAAUGCUCCCAAUUGACCACAAACUAUUCUCAAGUGUGAGCACAUCGAGGUCUCGCUCACAUUCAUUAGAAUCACUUAUCAGACGCUGCUUCGACAAAUGGACACCAGAUGAUAUCAAAGCGUUUACGGAAACGCAAUGGAUAGUCCUAUCCCCGAUUAUAGGUCGCGCAAAAGGAGACAUCUCCCUCUACAAUUUUAAUGCUCACACUAUCCUUCCAAUAUUCGAUCAUGAUAGCAUACCCCAAGCGGCGACUAAGACAGGCGGGCAUAGCAUUGUGCGAAGAGUCAAAAUCCACGCAUGGCAUCAUGGUUUUCUAGAGGACCAGGAUGAGCCAUUCUUCGCUCUGAAAAGAUUGCAUUCCCCGAAUAUCAAGGACUUUCGACGUGAGGUUGUUGCUCUUAGACGUUUCGUGAUUUCGCCAAAUUUACAUAUCAUCAAGCUUCUAGCUGCGUUUCGGCAUGAUACAUCCUUCUACUUGCUCUUCCCUUGGGCUGAUGGCGGCAACUUACGCUCAUUUUGGAAAGAUAAUCCCAACCCAGCCAUCAAAAGCUCCUUUCUGGUAUGGAUUGUCGAACAAUGUCUUGGCAUUUCGGCUGCGCUACAUCAAAUUCAUCAUGGUCACAACAUAGAGGUUAAAGACGCUGGAAACAGCAAUGGCCCAAUGGGGAUCUCUUACUACGGACUCCACGGUGAUAUCAAACCUGCCAACAUCCUCUUAUUCGAGGGCGGCCCCAACAGCGAAAAUCCUAUCUGGGUGCUCAGCGACUUCGGUCUCAGUGGACUACAUCAUAAAACUGAGAAUAAAGUUGGUAAUCGCCCUGCUGGAUUCUCGCCUACCUAUCGAGCCCCCGAACUUGAUAUAAAUGGAACGGUUGACAGCGCUUAUGACAUCUGGUCCCUAGGAUGCGUAUUUCUAGAGAUUUCUGUAUGGUUACUUCGUGGCUGGGAUGGACUUGAAUCUUUCGCUCGGUCUCGAAUUACUGCCGGCAAGCCAGCAAAAAAGGCUGGGUGGAUUGACGAUGAGUUCUUUGAGCUCCUACCCCCUCAGUCCCUAAGCGCACCGAAGGCAAGACUCAAGCCAAGCGUCGAUCAGUGUUUCAAGACGGCUAAAGGGAAUCAAUCAUACAAUCCUUGUGUUGUUGACUUUCUGGAUUUGAUACACGAUGACCUUCUCGAUGCUAAUUGGCAGACGAGGGCCAGCAGCUCAUUUAUUUCCGGGAAGCUCCAGUGUUUACGGAAGAAAUGUCUGGAAGAUCCGGUAUACACGGUGGAUAUUCCACGGCCGCGGAAACCACCGUGGUCGUAUCAAGAACUUGCCAGUACAAAACACAACAACAUAGCUUCACAAUAUCAAGCAGAACCAAUUCGGGUCAAUAUGGCCCAAAUAUCCUUUCAAGACGAGCUGGAAUAUCCAGACAUGAUGUCGAUUCCACCUCAGGGUGGGUAUCUCUGGCCCGAUUUCACCGGGCAACCCUAUCGCACAACUGAUAUGACAGUAUCUCUAGAUACUAUGCCGAACGAUAUGCAUCGGGAUACAUUUCUAUACGAAUCUACACCUAUGUUAAAUCAAAGCCCACUUGAUGGAGCCCAGCUCAGAAGGCCAGGUAGUCGAAGGCGAACGUUAGACGACAUGACAGGUGCUAUCGAAAUGGGAGAUCAGCGAAAGAAAAAGGCACGCAAGAAAAAGGAUUUGCAAACAAAUGACCCCCUUAGCUGUGAACUCCUAGAUAUUACAACCCGGGGCCCAUGUCAAGCAACUCCACCUCGGUGUUUAGGACCAACGAGUACGACAGGAGACAAGCGGUUAUUUGCGUGUCCUUUCCACAAAAGGAAUCCCGCAAGGUUCAACACAAAAGUCUGGAAAUCAUGUAUCGGGCCAGGCUGGACGAUAUCAAGACUCAAAGAGCAUAUAUACCGUAGGCAUUUCUUGCCUUGCUAUAGGUGUGAUCGCUGCUUCGGUGAAUUUCAAAGCAGUUCCGAUCUUCACGCACAUUCCCGUUCAGACCCGCCGUGCCCAAGACAAGACUCUGACGUCGACUUCGAUACGAUUGAUGAGACGCAGAAGGCUCAAAUCAAGAAGAAGCCGCGAGGUGUCUCAGAUGAGCAGAAAUGGGACGAGAUCUACCGAAUCAUCUUCAAGUUAGAUCCCAUCGCCGAGAUUCCAUGGCCAUACUGCGAACCCAUCCCCGGUCGAGCCGAUGCAAUAGCGGAGAAAAGCGACGACCCUAGGCCACUCGCCAAUUUUAAGAUUUACCUUCAUCGCCUAGCAGAUGACGAUAAUGAACAAGAGGACACAUCGACGAUUCAGAAAUGUCUCGAUCUCGUGCAGCGAUAUCAACAAGAACGAGCUAGCAUGCAGUCAGAGUUCACGGCCGAUAUGCCUUCUCUAGUAUUCGAUCAUCCAGACGAUGCUACCAGGACAUCCGAAUCGCAGGAAUUUCCUUCGCUGACAACUAUGGACGACAGCAUCACUGUUCCUAACGCUGACGGAUUGAAUGACCUUUCUUACUGGGACACUUCGUUUGAUGCGCGUUUCGACGAGGAGUUUUCAUCUAGUAAACCGUAUAUUCUCCCAGAUUCUUUGGAUCUGGGAAGCGAUGGCGGGAUGUUACGAGGAUGA